CGCUCGGGGGUCACUUGGGUGUUUGGACUCUGGCUCUUGAUGCUGUUUUGAGGAGACUAAGCAUACGCGGUUGGUGGGUUGUGGUUACGAGGCGGGGUCAAGACAGUAAGACGUGGCGUGCAUUGAUCGUUCACUUUAGACGGUUUUGCGCCGCCGAGCAUCAUGAAGGUGCCCCUGACACUGUGGGCGGCCACGCCUCCAGUGCAUCGCGUGUCUGCCCUCACCGUGACACAUGAUCGCAAGUUCAUCAUUACUGGCAGCCACACUGGCCAGCUCUGUACAUGGUCCCUCGAUGCCGAUGCACACCAGACAGUGCCCCUGAGCUUUGUCAUCUUGGGCACAGAUGCCGUCGUGACCAUCUCAGACUGCUGGUAUGACCAUCAUCCAGAUCUGGAGGGCCGCCCGCGCGAGUCAGCAGUCAUGUGCACCACAGCCGAUGGCUCCAUCUUUGUGGUGGACCCUCGCGACGGUCGCGUCGUGUCUAGCUCCCCUAAUUUACUCGAGGGCUCGUGCACCAGCGUCACGAUGCUGGGCAAUGGACACUUUGCCGCCUUGGCAGGCCAUUUUGAUGAUAUUGCAAUCCUUGAGCUUACUUCAGGAAGCAUUGUCCACCACCUCAGUCUAGCCGAUCAGCCAGAGUGGUACUCCUGCAGCUGCCAUGUCGAAAUAGCCAACGGCGAAGGCGCCCUGGAUGCCAUUGCAGGUGUUACGACUUCGGGCGUGUUGGCCCUCUUCCCUGCAGCUCACAGCACUUUUCAUGGAGGAGAGACACAGCCCCUGGACUACGUGCGCCUGCGCUGUCGCGGUGUGCGCGCCAUUGCCUGGAACCCUCACAACAAGUCUACCCUCCUGGUUGUGACCAAGGAAGAAAUUCAGAUUUACACCAUGCCAGACCUUGCUGCCGCGUGCACCAUCCCCACCCCUGGCAUGAACGAUGGCGCUUGGUUGGGCGCACGCUUUGCACAGGGAAGCAGUGUCUUGUGCUGGACCGCGAGCAACCAUGUACAUCGAUAUCAGUUGCCUGUGGGCAAGAGUCCUCACUUCCAAGCAGAUCUCGUUCGCAUCGUGGGGCAGCAGCAAGCACGGUCGUCUGGUCGACCUUGUGAAUUGCACGAAGACUUUGCCGUGCUUUCCAUUGCCUCCGAAACUACCGACUUUCGCCAGGACAACGUUCCAGGCACACAGAUCACCGUCGUUGCGGCACGCGCCCCGUCUGAACCAUGGCUGGUCGCCACGAGCCAUGGGGAUGGACACGUCCGUGUGGGAUCAACCUGUCUUGAUUUGGUGGCCGCUCGGCGCGGCCGGAUCGUAAGCCGAGGUGCUCAGCCCAACACUUCACUGGACAGCAAGCCAGCGACCGAGGCUGCGGCCGUAUCUGACAAUGAUGUGAUUGCCGAGGGAUCGCUGAGCGACGCUUGGAAGAACUUUCAGCAUGGCUUCAAGUGGCUCAAGACGGGUGACAGCAUGACCUGCUUUACGACCGUCGCCGUGGAGAGUGAGGUGAACCCCCUCUUGUGUUUUGGUACUGAUACCGGACAUAUUGUUAUCGGCUCGCUGUUGGCCAUGCUACUCCACACAGACUGCACCAUUGGCGUCUGGAAUGUUGAGACUGGCACGCUCAUCCAUCGACUAGCCAACCAAGCGGGAGAGAUUUUGCGUCUAAGCAAUACCCACGAGGGGCUCCUCCCACGCUGGCGCAACUGUGUGGCCGCCAUCAACGGCGACAACUCUGUCUGUAUCUACGACAUUGACAAAGGCAUCUGUGCUGCUCGAUUGGCUGGGCAUGCCUACCCCAUUUCGCGUCUGCGCUGGAUGGCCGAGGAUGACUUUUUGUUGGUCGAGUGCAACAAUGGGAUGGUGUACAUUUGGCAGCUGUCGUCGACGCAGCUCGAGAGCACGGCCGCUGGCAAAACGGCCCGAGACAUCUUUGAAAUUGGUCAACGAUCCACUCGGCCACGCGCUGAGCCAUACAUUCUAGCUCCAGUUGUGGUGCGACUAGGACUCAAGGCUAAGCCCAACUCGUUGCUGCUGACGACCAUUCUAGACAUUGAGCGUUUAGUGGAGGUGAUUGAUGCCCUUUUUGCUCGUGGUCCGCGCGAUCGGCCGCGGCGACCGCAUGAGCCUGUUGUUGCCCAGUCAAGAUCUCAAGCGGGCGUGGCAGCUAUCCCCGGCGCUGGUAAGCAUGAGACCGGCCAGUCCAAUACUGAAACCGUUAAAGGCACAGCGAGCACCACACGGCUCAUGGCAAUUUGCUCAGUAACGCACGCGCGCUCGCGUGCAGCCUUGGACGGGCGUCUGGAGGCCUUGUGGCUGCAAGUGACGUCGCUUUAUGCAGUGCAUUCCGAUCUACAUCAAAACGCGCCUCCGCGUGAUGUUCGCAUGCUGGCCCAAUACUGGCAGCAUCGCUGCUCUGAUCUCUUGGAGGCUGCGCACAUGCUCAUGCUCGACAGCUUUCGCUCGGUGGAGAAUGCUGUGGUCAAGAAGCUGCUGGCACAGCUCCGUGGUGACGUGCCUUCCUCCUACCGACCCAUUACAGAUGAUGAGGCGGAGAGCAUAUUGUUGUUAUGGGCGGUCCCAACAGAGCUCUUGUCUCAGCUCUACAACGUGCUGCAACACUUGCUGGAAGACACGAGCGCUGGCAUAUCGCAGCGGUGUCAAGCGACCAUGGCUAUGGCGGUUGCCUUUACAAGCUUUCAACUGUUGGAAGGCUUUCAGACCUUCAAGGUCAUGGGCUUUUUGGUCAUGUUGACUACACAAGGCCACCCUCGUUUGGCCAAGGCCUGCAACGAUGCGCUGGGGUCAAUUGCAAAAGAUUGUCCUGUCGCCUUUGCUUCAGCAGUGGGUUAUCUCAUGCACCAGUCACAGCAGGGUGGCUAUCCCGAGGGCACACUCAAGGUGCUUCGGCGAAUGGUCCAGGAGCGGCCUGUGGUGCUCAUCCCUCAGCUGAGCAAGGUGGUCGAUGUGGUUCUUCACACGCUCAACCCAUCCGACCACGUUUCCAAGGAUGCUUGUAAAACGGUGGCCCAAGCCAUGCUGAUGGACAUGAAAUCGGUCUAUCCCAUGCUAGAUGUCAAGUCUGCUUCUGGUGCCAACGGCGUGGCACGUGUUGUGGUGGGCCUGACCGACGGUUCGGUGGCCAUUUACGACGGCAAGAACGGCGCUCUGUGGCAUGAGUUUGUGGCGCACGAGCAUGCGGCCACAGCUGUGGCCUUGGAUUCCAAGUGCAAGCACUUGGUGACCUUCUCGCUGGCAGAUCGCUGCGUUCGUUUCUGGCACUUGUCACACCAUAUGUUUGGCAUUCUGGGAGGCGGUGCAUGCAAGCUAGUUAAGGAGGCAACAAUUCAGGACGCCGCCAUCUCAAAGAUGCCGAUGCGCCAGGUUCUGAACUCGAUUCGUCUCGAUUAUCAAGACGACAAAAGUGCACGCUUGACUGUGGGCGAGGGCAUCGAACACGUCAUUGAUGCUUGAGUCCGGCAGACUUAUGAGCUGGUUUUAGUCGCACUUGCCCUGGAUGUCAAUAUGUUCCGGAUCUAGUUCCAGUUGCAUGUAGUGAUGGGAUCUUGGUUCUCAUUGGAAAAAUUCAAUCACAUAUUC